CCCGGAUAGCGGAGCCUCACUGGCAGCCUGGGGUGUAGAGUUACACGCAUUCCCACGAAGAAGCUUGGGAAGAACGUAUUGUUUUCUUAGCUUUUGCUCCCGUUGAGCCUCAUCCCACAGCUGCGCUGCCCACAGCUGCCCCGGGGUCUGCCCCUCGCCACGAGGGGUCAGUAGGGCUAAGCACCCCGCGUCCCUGCGUCCCACGGGGCUCAGGCGGGUUCCUGAACUCAGCGGGGCCUCGCCUGCCCUCCCGCCCCUCUGACGUCUGCGAGACGCUGGCUCGCUCGCUCUCUGGGGCUCGGGCUGCUGCAGCCGGUGCCGAGGGGGCGAGGCCGGGCGGGGCAGGCCCCGCUGCUCCAGCCCCUUCCGCUCCCCUCCAGGCUGCGCUCCGCUCUGCUCCGCUCCGCUCCGCUCUGCUCUCCCUGCCCCGGCCCUGGAAGGCGCCAGGCUGGGCUUCUUUCCCCUUCGUGGCACAGCUACGAACUAGCAGCCGAUGCCACAGCCAUCCCUGCCUGACCUGCUUCCCUCCUCCGACCCGGAGGGAGGCCGCAGCUGGACCCCGCCCGGGCCCAGGGCUGACUGCGGAGCCGGGAGCGGAGCCUGGCCCCGGGGCCUGGGAAGGAGAGGGGACCAGAGGAGGGCUCGCUGGUCCAAGGAUGGAGGGGAUGGAGGAGCCAGAGGCCAGACCUGCCAGUGGGGGCCUUCAAGAAUCCAAAAUAGAGAGCAGAAUAGCCAGCUCCAUGGAAGUGACCUCAGCUAUGGAGAGAAGUGGCACUGAGUCACAGCUCAAUAAUGGACAACUCCCAAGACCCUGGUCCUGCCCUCAGGAAGACAGAACACCCAGCCAGAUGGCCCCCCACCCUCCCAGGGCAUGGGGAAUACAGCCCCAAGGACCCUCGGUGCUGGAGUCCAAGGUCAGGGCCUUGAAGGAAAAGAUGACAGCAGGCAAACAGGGGGCAAGCCCCUGCCUCACUACCCAUGAGAGACCAUCCCCCAAGAAACCCAAAUGCCGACGAGUCAAAGGGGGUGGAGCCAGAGAUCCAUCAGCAGGGUCUCCCUUGCUGGAUACGGCUGUGGUUCUCCAUGCUCAGAACCCAAACGAAGGACAGCUGGACAACAGUGCCAAUGAGAAGGAACUUGCCAUGAAUGGGAGCCCCAGACCUCCCAGGCCGCCCACCCCUAGGCUGAAGUGCUACAAUGAGAGGAGCCUGUGGACUCUGCCUGACCAUGAGAGGAGUCUGCUGCCAGGGUCCAGCUCUUUGCAAGACAGCCCCAUCCACAGAGUCACUUCAGGACGACCUAGGGGCCCUAGACCUUGUGACAGAAUUACCCACGUGCCCAACCUGAGGAAAGGAAGGUCAUGCCCCUUUCAGGAUGAUCUAUAUUCAGGGGAAGACCUGGACAGCUUGUCUCUAACCUCUGAGGAGGACUUUGUCCCCAGACCAGGCCUGCUGGGGGGCCUCUGGAGAGCUGGAGACCUGGGGGCUCUGGGCACUGGGCGCAGUGCCUUGCCCCUGUCUGAACAGGUGGAGAGGAACCGCCUUCUUCUGCAGGAGAUGCUCAUUGUUGGGGGGCAGGGCCCCCCCAAGGUGGGAGUCCCAGCUCGGACUCUCUCCUGGGACAGAGCUGUAUCAGAGCAACCGCCCGGGGACAUGGACUGGGACUCAGGCAUCUCCCUGCAGGACUCAGACCAGAACAGGACCUUUGGCCCCAAGCCGGAGCCCGUGCUGAGGAGCCCCAGGCAUGAGGAGGCGAAGCACCUGCUGCAGCGCGCCCGCAUGAAGGCCAGGACCCGACCCCUCCGUGCCAGCCAUGAUAUCAUACCCACCAUUGACCAGAGUGGCCGGAGAAACCCAGCCCUGGACCGGAGGGUGCCCUUUGCCCGCAGAGACAACAUCCACAACGGGAGCACAAGCGACUCCUCCAGCGGGGAGUCCAGCAGCGGGCAGUGGCCGAAGCGGGGCCCCUCCCCGUCUCGCGUCCGCUUCGAGGAUGAGUCCGCCCGGGAGGCCGAGUCCCGCUACCUGGACCGGCUGCAGCAGCGCCAGCGCCAGGUGCUGGGCCCCGCACUGCAGAUGGCAGAGCAGGGCCCCCUGCGCUCCAAGCCAGAGCUCGCAGACUACAUGGCCGGGGGCCUCCUGCGCAGGGACCCAAGCGAACAGACUCUGCACAGGCUUGUGGGCCACCUGGAUCAGAGAGCCUUCCCGGAGUGGCCGCCCACACGGGGCAUCCAGAGGACCUGCCGAGCCUGCGGCAGUUGCAUCGAGGACGCACGCCCUGCCCUUGGGAAGGCAGCCCCGGACCCCAAGGUCCUCCAGGAGCACAAGGCUGCUGCCUGUGGGCUGGAGGGAGUGCUGGCAGAGCCCCUUAGCUGUUGGGGUUUGAGCGCCCCCUUCAGACUCCUCCCCGCCGAGCAAGGGCCCCGCACCGAAUGGAUGCGGGAGACACAAAUUGGAGACUCUGUGUGUCCCCUGGAGGUGGACUCCGCCCUGGACAGCACGGACACCUCAGACAGCUGCAGGACCGACAGCGAAGAGGCCGGGACCUCUCAGCCCCUCAGAGCCCGUGGCCCCCGACUGCGGGGCUCCAGGCCUCGUGGAGGCCACAGGUGGUUCCGGAAGGCGGAAAGGGAGCCACCUGAGAGCCCUCUGGCCCCGGCCCCGCACAACCUGCCUGGGGCUGAUCUCCUGGAGUUUUCAGAUGAAGUGAAAGAAGGCGGAGGACACACACCUGAGGGGACUCUGUUCCCCGGAGAAAACGCUUCCUCCAAGCCUCCUGUGCAGGAACCCGAGAGGGCCGCCCUGGGGCCCCAGGGGGAGUUGCAACCAGGACUGAGAAUCCCCUGGGCUCCCGCUGUGGAUUCCUUGGCUCUGUGGGGAAAGGCCUGUGCCCCGGCCUCCUGUAAGAAGCUGGCACCCUUGGGGCCAGGCAGACAAGACCAGGUUAUAGAAAGCCACAAGUCUCUGGAAACCAUCCCCCUGCAACAGAGCCACGCAGAGCCCUCUGCCCUACACAAGGCCCAGCAGCCAACUUCUUCCCUUUCCUCGGAGGGCUGGGUGCCAACUCCUCCUCCUUCCAGGAAAACCACGUCACCUGCACCUCACAGGAAGGCACCCCGCAGGCCUGGUGACCGGGGAGAAUCUGUGGGCACCCCCCGGCCUCCUCCAGGAAGUGUAGUUCCCAGGACCUGUGAGCUCAGCCCCCCACAGACACAGCCCUCCGGCCACCAAGGCUGGCACCCACUGCUGGGCCUCUCCACCAACAACUGCAACAACAGCGUGCCUGGGGGGCUGAGGGAGUCCUCGGGGGGCGCCAUCCUCGAGGGCCGGGUGGAGAAGGGCACCAGCAGCCAGGAGCCCGAGGCACCCCUGGAGAACGGCAGAGAUGGUGUGGGCACCAUCAGCUCCAUGGGUGUCACCUUCUCCCUGGCCUUAGAAGAGCCAGAGUCCUGCCAGGAUCAAGAGGGAGGCCUGCAGAGGACAGAGUCACGUUCUGAAGGGCUUGUGUCAUCCCAAGACCUACCAGGGGUCAGUGCAGGAGCUGGCCCGCCCUCAGCUGCCCCUUCUGACAGGAACAAGAAAGCCAGCAGCAGCAUCACUACCCUGGGGCUGAAAAAGUUCUUGUUGGCUUUGGGCCAGGGCACACGGCCCAAGUUGGGCAAGUCCCACAGCUGCAGUGUGGAGCAGCUGCAGCCCCCUGCACCCGGUCCGGCUUCCCACACCAGCAGCCCCAAAGUGAAGAGAGCCCCAUCGUUACAAUCCCUGCAUCCGGUGUCCUCCUCUCACCAACGUCGGAAAGCGGCCUCCUUUCAGAACCUCCAUGCUCUGCUGAGUGGCAAGGUGGACCGGUCCAGCCUGUACCUGGUAGGGGAGCCAGGGGACCACAGUGAACCUGGCAGGUUAGCCAAGGCCCCACCCCGGCGUGCGCUCAGCGUAGAGGAUGUGGGUGCCCCCAGCCUGGCCCGCACAGUGGGCCGCGUGGUGGAGGUGUUCCCGGACGGCACCAGUCAGCUGCAGCUGCAGCGCUCCCCAGAGGGCACGUUUGGUUUCUGCGUGGCCUCCGGGAACGGGCGGCGCCGGGACUCAGGCUUCUACGUGCAGGAGAUGGCUGAUGCAAAGCGAGGCUGGAGCUGCCGGAACCUGGCCAUGAAGGCCUCUGUCUUCCUUCUGUUGAGCUUGGACACGGCUGCAGCCAGUGCCAUGCAAUCCUCAGCCACAAGCUCUCUGUCCAGACCCCCUGACAGCAGUUCUGGAUCGGCCAACCCACAGGGAGAAGGCAGGGCACAGGCCCAGCGGAUGUGCUGUCCCACCUGGUCACUCCCCUCCUCUAGGAAUGAGCACUGCCCAAAGGGCUAGUGGGUGGCCAUGUGUCCGUUUUAAUUUAUUAAAAGCCAAAGCUGAAGAUUC